AUGAGAUUACGUCGUGCGCCUAAAACCGUGGAUGUCGAAAACAGAGUACUGACAAAAGAAGAUUACGAAAAUGAAGUCGACGUUCCAGAUAAGACCGCAUUUGAAAACUUUAUUCAAGGGUUGCACAACAUUGACUCGGCAAUGGAAGCGAUGAUCGAUAAUUACACGGACGGGGUUGAGCAUCUGAGUGAAGAAAACGCAUUGCAGGGUGCAAACAAUUUUAAAUUGGACAAGAUGGCACACGACCGCAAUGAUAAGUCAGCGAUCGACGGCUGA